AUGGUGUCAAAAGCGACUGGUUUAGUGUUGCCUUCCAGACCGAAGUCAAAGCCCACCGCCAAAAACAAUAAAGUAUAUGUGAAUUCUUCGCAUGCUGCUGAUCCCGGUGUCACAAAUGACAGUCCCCCGGUUAAUAGACUGCAUCUAGAAUUUUUCCAUCACUUUGUUACCGACAUCUUGACAUUUCUUGGCUUCGACAGGUUCUCACCUGCGGGCUCUGCUAUCGACAUGACGAAAUACAUCUUGUCUGCGCCAUUUCUUAUGAACCAGAUUCUUGCGUUCGCUGCAUUACAUCUCAGCAUCGUUCACCCGACGAGAUGGGAGUUCUACCAAUAUCAUUCGUCCCAGCUUCAAACGCACGCUCUUUCUGAAUUUAAUGGCGUCAAACUGGACGUAUCCGCCGAAACUUGCGUCCCCAUGUUUCUUUCUUCUUCAUGUCUUGCAAUGCAUGUUCUCACCGAGAAGCUGUUGUCUCGUCCGGAUAGCUUCGAAACGUUUCUCGAUCACUUCAUUCAGUCAUUGAGGAUGCAUCGUGGCGUCCGUGCAGUUACCAGUCAAUCGUGGCAUCUGCUUUUGCAGUCACCGCUUAAAUCUCUGCUUGAAAAUGAAGGAAUGAUGUUAGAUCAAAGUACCUCCGGCAAUGAGUGUCUCGAGCUCCUAGCUCAUGUGGAUACUAUGUUUGACCCAGCGAUCGGCUCUAUCUACCGACAGACGGUCGAGGACUUACAAGAAGCUUAUCAUGCGAGUCGCUCCCCUUUAUCAAACUUCUCCAGAAUUGGCCCAAUCAUUUCCUGGCCAGUCAUUAUUUCUCCAGAUUACAUAGAUCUGCUUUCGGGGCGUCGACCAGAAGCGCUUGCUAUUCUGUCCCACUUCGGAGCCCUUCUACACAUGCACAAUGAGAUGUGGACUUUUGGUAACAGUGGUCUUUAUCUCAUUUCUUCUAUCAAUCAUUACCUUGGGCCAGAGUGGGAGAGUUGGCUGCGCUGGCCGAAUACGUUUAUUCAAGAUGAGUGA